AUGCCACCGACACCACGAAGGUCCGAUCGCGCACCAGCGGCUGGUCCCGCCAAUCGGUCCCGCAUGUACAAUCUCGCAGGUCAUGCUCACUCGUCUGGAUCGUUGCUGCCUAGAUCCACCGAUGUCCAUGCUGCCUCCACCUCGACCGCCAGCCCAUCAGCUGCUGGAAUGAGCGGAGGCGUCGACGCCGCAGAUGCACCCUAUCUCACCAAUCUUGAAGCUCACUUCGGUCGGGUCACCCUCACCGCACCCGACAACCUGCUGCGGAAGCAGGCAAAGGAGAGGAAGCAAAAGAUACGCCAGCGCAAGGCGCAGAAUGCGCAGGCAGCAGCGGCUGCUUUGGCAGGCGCGACGCAGACUACAUUGACAUCGAGCGCUGGUCGCAACGCCAUGGCGUCAUCCUCGAAUCUUCUCGACUCCACUCGCCGUUAUCAGACCACCCUCGGUGAGCAGCCGGUUAGCACAGGCUUACUUCUCCCACCUCCAGAUCAGCACAUGGGCAUGCGAAGGGCAUACAGUGGAGGUCAUACGCCAACCUUGGCAUCAACAGUGAACGCUCAUCCAGCCCCAUCUUCGACCACGCAAACGGUAGUCGCAAGGACACGAAGGAGGCGGCCUUCUUCCGCCGCGAGAGAUGACGCCAGCAGACCGGCUUCCAGAGCUAGCGGGAUCAGCCGUCCCGACAGCGACGAGGCUGAGCUUGAUCAGCCCCUCGCAUCGACGUCUGCCGCAGCACAACGGCUGACGGACGACUCCACUUCUCGCUCACGCACUGAGAGUGCACCUGCUACCCAACGGCGCUCUCAUAACGCUUUCGACACAAGCAGGAGUGCUGCGGAACCCGAGAACACAGCGCCAAUGGCUGUCGUUCCGUCAGAACCAACCGCACCAACAUCAAUGCACCGCCAAAACGUCUGGAACGACAUCACAGAAGCGGAUCCAGACGAUCUGCCACCGCCUUUCCCAGUUGGCGCUCCACGACCUCCGACGCCUCCACUUCCACCCACUCAUUCCGAAGCAGCAAACGAUGCACAGUUGAUUGGCCCACAACCUCAUGCCCGUAUACCCGACAGUCCACCACCAGCUUUCGUCAGCGAUGACGAAGAUGAAGUUGUGUCCUUGAUCAGCGAACAGUCUUCUCGAGCGCAGUCACCAGCACCACCACCCACCGACCAGCCACAGCCAGAGUCGGUCGCAGAACAGGGUCCAAACGGUAGUCGUCGUAUCAGUCGCGCGUCGAGCUCGAGUUCAGCAUCCGCUAGCGACGAUGAGAGCAUCGAGCUCACUCAGGAGCGUCGGGCUUGGGAGGCAGACAUUCAGAACGGGCUGAGCUUCGAGGUCAGGCUCCUGCGUGAGCAGCAGCGGCGUGUAGCCCGGGAACGAGCUGUGGCUCUUCGCGCUGCUGAACGGGACCAAGAAGUUGCUGCCCAAGCAGCAGCAACAGAGAUCGAGGAGGAAUCUACGGCUGCAGAGCCUGCACCGAGAGGUGUCCAAGCUCCGACGCAGUCCUCAACAGCUCCAGUGGAGGCAGAAAGCGCGCCAACAGUCGAGACGCUGCCCGUCUCCUCGGCAGAAGCGCUACAAUCCGACAGAACAACCACAGAUGCAGUUUUGCCCUCGAUCACCGAUCGCGCCCAUGCCCUCGACCCGGCACCGACCGUUCCCAUCAUCGAAGCGAGCCAGAUCCGAGAGGCAGAAGUCACCCCGCAGGUCGAAGUCGCCACUUCCCAACCGACCGUGUCGGCAUCCACCGAUCAGGCCGUUGCUUCGGUGCAACCAUCAGAGGCAGGCAAUUUUGGCUCCAUCGCCGUUGUACCGACGCUCGCAUCCACACCACAGACAGCAUCUGCGACCGCGAUCAAUCGCGCAACUGACACGGCUGGUAGACUCAUGCUCGCCAACGAGACCCGUCUCGGCCUUCCAGCUGUAUCAGCAUCUUCGAGACCAAGCUCAGGUUUCAAAGCCGGCACGAGCACCGCAACCUCGAUCUCGCAGCCGUCCACAUCGAUCCCACUUCAAGUCUCCGCUCACAAACCGCCAGACCCACUCAAAGCUCCCCAGAGUAGUAGCGCGCGAGCGUCUGUGAGCGCACGGCCUGUUCGCCCUCCGAGCCAGGCUUUCGCUCGUCAGCCAAGCCGUCCACAUUUCCCUCCCAAUCGACGUCCAGAGGAUACACUGUACGUAAUUUCUGCGCCUCCUGCCGCUGCACCCGGCAGCCCAUCGAACGAUGACGAAGCAGCGUCCAGGGAGCCCAACGGUGCGCUUGCUGACGCUGCUUCGAACGGACAAGCGGUCUCGGAUGAUGAUGACGAGGGCGCCGAGUCCGAUUCUUCGAUCGAGCAAUGGCUGGCAGAAUCUGCUGCCUUCGAUGCCUUGCGCAAGAGGGAGGAGGAAGCAGCGGCGAGACUACAAGCCUUGCAAGAGCCGCCAUUCUCUGACAGCGAUGCGGAAGAUGACGCCAUCAUGCCAGGCGCAUUCGAUCCCCGACCUUCCCCACGCGUCAGGCAAGCGAGUGGCGCCCGCAAGGUGCCGGACCCUGCCAGGCUUGUCUUGAUGGAUCGCGAGCUUCCAAAGGCGCCUCCUCCGCUUGUGUUGGGCCGUUCGCGUGGAGGUGCCGCCUACUCUGAUUCGUCCUCAGAGUCGACAGACACUGAUGAUGCCCUCGACCAAUAUUCGUCCAGCGACGAGGAUGAUGAGCAGCAUCGCGCCUUCCACGACGCUCGCGCACUUCAAGCUGCAGCGAACGAUCCAUUCGUCAAUGCGCACAAAUCGGUCCAUGCUCGCAAUACCUCAUCAGCGCCCAACCUGGCUAUUCUUGACACAGCGGAGGAAGACCUCGCCAAGGUUCGACCUGCGGAAGGCACAGUUGCGCCUCAGCUGGAGGUGCGGCAACAACUGGUACGCAAGGCCAAUAUCGAUCUGGUCAGCGCGAGUACGGGCAAAUUGCAUGAGGCCCCCACUCAGGGCCCGACUCGAAGAUUAAGUCAGAAAGCGAAAGGCAAGCUACCUGCUCGUGUUGCCGAGCCAGACAGUGCUACUCAGCCAGCCCAACGUGCAGGUGACUUUGAAGAAGAUACAUCUAGCAGUCGCGACCUCGACUCGUCGGACGUCGAGGAGACGGCCGCCCCUACUAAGCAUGUCUCAGCUUCAAUUCAAUCCUCAACUCAGCUUGGCAGAAGCAACAGCUCGGGUCAUCGAGAUAGCUCUUCCUCUCACGUCCGACCGGGGUCGUCUCUGCCUCGUCCAGUGGAGCAAGCGCAGGCCGGUGCCAGGCGUUCCUCGCUUGAUCCGCUUCUCCAACCCUUGGGCCCCUCUUCGCUCAACCCGCUUUUCCAGCCUUUGGCGUAUGGCGAUUCCGGACGGACCGAACUCAGGGACCGCAUCAAGGGGCUAUUUGGUCAGCCGCUCGUUGACGGCCCUGCGAGUCAGCCUUCUGCUAGGCUGUCAGCGAACGUUUCUGUUCCAUCGACGCCUGCGACGCAGACUUCAUCCACUCCAACGCAGCCCACACAAUUCAUGAGCGAUGCUCGCCGCGUGUCCAAUAACAGCCGGCAGCUGGCGAAGCCACCAACUGCGAUGGAGACACGCCGCAACACCGCCUCUGUGGACACGACGCACGAAGAGUUGCCUUCGCUCACCGCUGCAACGAAGCGAGACGAUUCAACGUCAAUCGCUCCUUCGCGAGGACCGAGUCAAAGCGCUCAGCCGGAUGUGAGGAGUAGGCCAAUCGGGGGCAAAGGCGCCACCUCUGAAGCUAACCAUAGCAGAUCUGCCGCGUCCGCUCUGCCCGAGCAGCGAGCUCGUGAUGAGGCACUUCUUCAGAUCGCGCAGCUGGCGGCUUCGACUCAGUCCAAGCAAGAUUCUCUCGCUGCGCUUGAGCGGCUUCUCGCGAGAACAGCUCGACCAGUCUCCAUGAUGCCGCCUAGCACUGUGACGCGUGCCGAGCUCGGUGGGCAUUUGCAGCCGAAGUCAGGGGUUGCCGCCGCACAGGAAGGCAACGACGCAGUCUCUGCUGCGAACGAAACAUCAUCCGCUCGAGCUGCGGCUCUCGCGAGCAAUCGCCUCUCCCGCCAGGGUGCUAUCGUGCGUAAUCGUGGUCCGCUACCGGAUCCACCAUCUGCUCUGGCUAGAGCCACGUCCAGCGCAAGCCGUCCCGUCUCGUUCGUCAAUCCACGAUCAUCCGCUGCGCCAAUGCCGCGAGGACGUCUGCCACCGAUCACGGAUGCGACCCGUCAUUUCCCGCCUUCCGCAUCAAACACAGGUCCCGGUGUUGCGCCAUCGUGGCUCUCGUACAUUCCAUCCGAGGAACGAGAGAGGCUCCCGGCACCAUUGGAACCUCAAAGGGUCAAUUCUCUGGCCGCUUCCAGAGCGCCUGGGAGCAGAGUAUCGGCCAUGAUCUCGCGAUUCGAAGCUCCGACUUCAUCGGACGACGAUCAGCGGGCCACGCAAGCGCCAAGCUCGCCUCCUAAACAGAGCGGACCUCUGGCCGGCAUACGCGAGUCUGGUGAUGCCGACCAUGUUAUCUUCAAUCACAGCACAGACCGUGUCGAAGUUUCUAGAUCAGCCAGCGAAGAAGAGAAGGCGGAGCGGGCUGUCUUCCGGCGCUUCUCGCGUGUCGAUGGUCCCGUCUCGCCGGAGCAAUUGAACGCCACGCAAAGGCGACGACCACCCCCGCCCCCGACGUUGCCAGCAAGGCGUCCUAGUAGCAACCUUCCCCAACAUGCGGAUCCGUCAGAGCGCCCGGCCAGCACCGCAGACGAUCUGACGCAGUCAUCCUCCAUGGAUGCGCUUGCUAGACAGAUCGAAGAGGCAGCAGCUGGGUGGUCCGCGGCUUCCCUUCAUGACCACAGUCCCGGGAUGCAGCAACGGCCAACGUCAUCUGGAAGCCGCCUAACAGUGCCAACCCUGGUUUCCACCUCAGCUUCCGCUGGCUCAGAUGUGCCCCUUCGCUCACCUCGCACUCAGGCGAUGCACACUCUCACGAGACGAGAGCACGAUGCCGGCACCACCACUCCGCCUAAUUUGCCGCCCAAGUCGCCGCUGAUGACGCCCGAGCAGAUCUUGGCUUCUGGAAGCCGAAGCAGUCUGUCAGCGUCGAUUGCAGCAGCGCAAGCAGCAGCAUUCGCUCGUCGCGAUGGUCGUGGAUCUCGCUCGCACUCGGCUUCGUCCAGCAUGGACACGACAUAUCGCGGGGCCACCGUGACGUCGCCAGAUCGUCAACUAGCAGGCAGGAAAGGAAGCAGAGAUGGCGCGGCGACGUCCCCGCUAGCGUCGCGACCUCUACCGACGCUGCCUGCUGCUCUGAGAACCAGCUCGAGUCACGGACUUGGGAUCAGCGCUGAGAGCGAGACACGAGAUGCCGUGGGUGCGAGUCACGGAGAGCUUCCUAUGCCUCCUCCGCUGCCAGUUCGGCCGCGAUACAGGGACUGGGGCAAUCUUGGCAACGGAGCCGAGACGGCGAGCGCGCAAGAGCCGCUACCACCGUCACCAGCAAGGCAACCACCCAGCCUGCACAGGUCAGGAAGCGGGAUGUCAUCGAGAACGACUUCCGCACGCGAUGAGAAUGGUCGUCAACAGCGAGCCGCUCCAGAAUCACUGCCCUCGAAUGGCAAUGCUUCACCAGCACCGGAAGCAAGCAUCAGUCUACGCAGCUCACCCAGUCCUGCGGCAACGCCCAGCACAGCCCCUAUCAACCUCCCUCAGCUUCCCGCAGAACCGUCGUCCUCGUUGUCGGGGGCAGCCCCAUCCGCGCCUCGCCGAGAAGCAUCCCUGGGCCUGACAGACUUCGACCUGCUCGUGGCCCAACUCGAGCGGGAUGGCUCGCACUUUGAAUCCCUCUCUGCGAUCGGCGAGUUCCUCGGCCCUGCCAAACCCACCGCCGCGACGCCCGCCCAGCUCGCCUCCCUGUCCGUCGGCCUCAUCGAGUGCGACUCGCGCCGAGUGACAAAAGAGGGCAAGAUCAAGCAGAAGCUCAGCUGCGUCGGCGUUCGUGUGGACAAGUGCGCCAUCUGCAUGGCUCAGUUCAAGGAGAGCCAGAGAGCUGUGCUGCUGCCGUGUGGGCAUAUUUUUCACGAAGAGUGCGCGGUGAGGUUGCUCAAGCGGAUCACUACUUGCCCGACCUGCCGUGCUCCAGCAGUAUGA